CUGAAAGCUAAAGGAGAGUACUUGGGACACACUUUGGCUGCCUUCAGUUCUGAAUGAUGCCCUUUAGCAAAGCGAGAAAAGAAGACCUUGAAGAAAAUAAGAAAUCUGAACAAAUCUGUGAAGAAAUCAUUGGCAUUGAAGGCACAGCUGAUGAAGAGCCCAAAGAACAAUGUCAGAAACAAAAGCACAAAUUGAAAAUGGCAAAAAAUAUGAAAAUGACAAGCCUUAUAAAACACAGAAAGAAUUCAAAAUCUGAAGCUGCUCUCACCCCCGAAACACUGCUAGAAGUGGACCUUGAUACCAUUGAAGGCAUAGCAGAUUCCCCUGGUGAUCCUCAAGUGAAAUGUCAGAAACAAAAAAUCAGAAUCAAAAUAUCAGAAAAAAUUAAAAUUCUUGACUUCAAGAAAUGGCAGAAGAAUUCAAAAUCCCCUGGAACUCCAUCAGUGGAAUUGGAUUUCAAUGGGAACCUUGAGCAGAACCGUUUGGCUGAAGCACAGCAACAGCUGGUGAAAGCUGAGGAACGUCUCUUCGUUUCAAAAGAAGGGGCCAGGGCAGAAGAUGAGGAAGACAAGCUGCAUAUGGACUAUGAGAUCUUUGUUUUGCACCUGAGAUUGGCCAUCAAUGACUCUUUCAGUGAGGACAACCAGGAGACACUCAAGAGUGCUUUGACUUCAAUACUUAAAGAGGAGGCACAGGACAGACGCUGGAUGGAAGUGGCCGUGGAUCAACGUCCAGUAUGGAGGCCCACAAGGUGCAGACAGAUUCAUGACACAUUACUCCAGACUACCGUGGAGGAACGAAUGAAGAAUGCAGAUGAACAGGAGAAUAAAGCAGACAUGCUGUCUACCUCCUUGAAGAGAGAGGUGUUCCGAAUGGGCAAACAAGUGCAGAAGGAUCUGCUCACAGUGGUCCGAAAUCUGAGAGAGCGUUACCCACCAGACUUUGACAUCUGCAGAACGUAUGCUCAGCUCUACCAUAAAGCCUUUUCCACCAGACUUCAAGAGCUCGCCAGAUCCAAAAUCAGUUCUGAGGAUUGUUUCUAUAUAUUAAGUUGGAUUGUGGAGUACUACCCAAGAGAUGUAUUGAAGCAUAAAGAACUAGAGGAGCACAUCAACAGUUCAUCACUUGGACCUCUGUUACCUGAAGAAGACUUUAAGAGAUUAGAGGAACAGUACUUCUCUUACAAAGAGGUGAUUCAGUACACGACUGACAUUAUUAAAGACCUUGAAGAAAAUAAGAAAUCUGAACAAAUCUGUGAAGAAAUCAUUGGCAUUGAAGGCACAGCUGAUGAAGAGCCCAAAGAACAAUGUCAGAAACAAAAGCACAAAUUGAAAAUGGCAAAAAAUAUGAAAAUGAAAAGCCUUAUAAAACACAGAAAGAAUUCAAAAUCUGAAGCUGCUCUCACCCCCGAAACACUGUUAGAAGUGGACCUUGAUACCAUUGAAGGCAUAGCAGAUUCCCCUGGUGAUCCUCAAGUGAAAUGUCAGAAACAAAAAAUCAGAAUCAAAAUAUCAGAAAAAAUUAAACAACUUGACUUCAAGAAAUGGCAGAAGAAUUCAAAAUCCCCUGAAACUCCAACAGUGGAGCUAGAUUUCAAUGGGAACCUUGAGCAGAACCGUUUGGCAGAAGCACAGCAGCAGCUGUUGGAAGCGGAGGAAUGUCUCUUCAGUUCUAAAGAAGUGACCAGGGCAGAAGAUGAGGAAGACAAGCUGCAUACGGACUAUGAGAUCUUUAUUUUGCGACUGAGAUUGGUCAUCCAUGACUCUUUCAGUGAGGACAACCAGGAGACACUCAAGAGUGCUUUGACUUCAAUACUUAAAGAGGAGGCACAGGACAGACGCUGGGCAGAAGUGGCCGUGGAUCAGCGACCAAUAUGGAGGCCCGCAAGGUGCAGAAAGAUCCAUGACACAUUACUCCAGAAUAUCGUGGAGCAACGAAUGAAGAAUGCAGAUGAACAGGAGAAUAAAGCAGACAACCUGUCUACCUCCUUGAAGAAAGAGGUUUGCCGAAUGGGCAAACAAGUGCAGAAAGACCUGCUCAGAGUGGUCCGAAAUCUGAGAGAGUGUUACCCACCAGAUUUUGACAUCUGCCAAACGUAUGCUCAGCUCUACCAUCAAGCAUUUUCCACCAGACUCCAAGAGCUUGCCAGAUCCAAUAUCAGUUUAGAGGAAUGCCUCUAUAUAUUGAGUUGGAUUGUGGAUUACUACCCAAAAGAUGUACUGAAGCAUAAAGAACUAGAGGAGCACAUCAACAAUUCAUCACUUGGACCUCUGUUACCUGAAGAGGAUCUUAAGAGAUUAGAGAAACAGUACUUCUCUUACAAAGAGAAUGAGCUCAGAAAGUGGUUAUCCAAUGCUUUUGAGAAAGAAGUGAAAAAAUGGAGUGAUGACAUCGAACCAGAGCUGAUGGAUGGAUACUACUUCAGUAACUUUGCUGUAGAUGUUUUACCACUUGUUGAUGGGGCUGUAAAAGAUGUCAACACACUUUUGAGCUGUGAAUGUAAAGCCUGGAGUCUUCUAAACCAGCUGGACAGCUUUCUUCUGAGCUAUAAGACAAGUCUGGAGGAACUUAUCAAAAGAAAACAAGAAAACAUUCCUAAAACUCUCAGUGCUAAUCUGGUUAAUAUUUACCAGUUUAGGGAUUAUGUACAAAAACCAGAGCAUCCUUUCUCAGAGGACACCAGAACAGCUUGCCUGUCCACAUUAGCAGAUCUCAAAAAAAUUUGUUACAAAUACUUCCUCGGUCUAAUUCACACAGAACUAAAGCCGCUGUACCAUAAUCUGUGGACUCAAGUUUGGUUUGCUGGACAUUGUGAGGUUGUGGAGGAGCUGGUGAAGGCGCUUGAGAAUAACAUAGACAAUUUCAAAGAGCUAAAGCCUGUCUGCAGAGAGGAGCUACUGGCUGAGCUGCAUGAAGAAGUAAUGGUUGAGUAUGUGAGGCGAAUGAUGAAGAGAAAACUGAAACUGAAAGACAAAGAGCAGCAAGAAGCAGCUGCUGAGUUCAUCUGCCACGACAGCAAUACAAUCUGCUCUGUGUUUGCCAAAGUGGGAUCCAGAGAGGAAUGGCUCGGUCAAAUACUGCCAAAAUUAUCAGAGAUUCUGAGACUGCAGGAUCCUGGGAGUUUGCAACUUGAGAUAGUUACUCUGGCAAGAGACUAUCCUGACAUUAGUAAGCAGCAUGUUCUUGCUCUCCUAAACCUGAAGACCAACCUUUCAAGCUCAGAUCUGCGCAGGAUCAAAGUGUGUCUGAGUGAAAACAGAGGCACGCUGGACACAGAGUCCCCUACUUCCUUCUUUUCUAAAGUACUCGUCAAACGAAAAAUCAUCUGAAUGCCCUGUUACAUCUGUAGCUAAUGUGAAACAACUGUGAUUCACACUGUAAUAGAUAAUCAGUAUUGUUAUGUAAUAUCAUGUUUAUUAUUAAGGAAACUCACGAUUUUAUUCUGAUUUUACAUUCUCUAGAAGUGCUCGUCAUAUGGAAAGUCAUCUGAAUUCCUUUACUAUUAAUUGCGAAUGUUAAACAACUAUGAAACAUACAGUACUGUGAAACAAAAUCAGUAUUAUCCAUCCAUUUUCCAUGUCCUCUGCAUGGUCGGGGUUGGAGUCUAUCCCAGCGGGGUACGCACAGUAUAAUCAGUAUUAUUUUACGUAAUAUGUAUUAUAUGAUUGUUACAGUUUUUCUCAACUGAUUUUACACUGUUCUCUAAAAUUAAAGUCGAGAACAGUGUAUUUUGAAAGUUGUAUUUAAUCAAUAGCAUUUUUGAAUAUGGCUAAGUUUUUUAGAGCACUGAAUUUGUGUAAAACCAGUUGAGAAAACCUGUGAAAUGCCAACAGUCUAAAUGGUCAAAUCAAAUGGAAAAAGGUGUAUAUAUAUUUAUUCUAA